AUGUCCUCUCCGAAAGAGCUCUGGUGGGCAGCACGCAAUCCCCCAUCUGACCCUCAAAACCUCGACUUCAAAGACAAGGCAGUCCUCGUUACAGGCGCCAACUCGGGUCUCGGCCAUGCUGCUGCCAUCAAAUACGCCGCCCUCGGCGCCAACCCCCUCAUUUUGGCUGUACGAUCACAACAGAAAGGAGAAGAAGCCAAGGCCGAUAUCAUUCGCGCUACAAAAUGCUCUCCCGAUAUCUUCGUGAUCGAGAUCCUCGAGUUGACAACUUUUGCGUCGGUCAGAGAAUUUGCCGACCGCGUCAACGCCCGGGUGCCGCAGCUCCACGUCGUCCAGCUCGCCGCCGGAAUCUCAACACCAGGUUUUGAGAAAAGCCCCGAUGACUACGAGAUGGGGCUGCAGGUGAAUGUGCUCUCGACAACACUUUUGGCGUUAUUGCUACUGCCAAAGCUGCGCGAGACUGCGGUCGCCACCACUGCCGGUCCGGAUGGCUUCAUCCCGCACAUGUCCUUCGUCAACAGCAUUGCCCACCUCGAAGUCAAGCCUGAAUGGAUUGCCGAUGGGGAUACCUUGCUACAGCGGAUACAAAACCAAUCCAAGUUUGACAAACGUAUUUUCAUGGCCAUCUUCUACGUCUUCCUGGGCCGUUCGGCAGAGCAGGGGAGUCGGUCCAUGGUCAGUGCCACCGGUCUGGGUCCCGAAAGCCAUGGAAAGUUUUGGGUAAAUGACAAGUACCUCCCGUAA